AAUCAUAAUCAUGACAAAUACUGGAAAGAGAUUUACCUGGUUUCGGUGGCUAUGCACUGUUUUUGGACUACUUUUUUAUUUAGCAGACAUUGGAUCAGACUUCUUGUUAUCUGUGCAGUAUUUCAAAAGGGGACAUGUCACCUGGGCUGCACUGACUCUUGUGUUUGUUCUGGUCGGAUCUUUAUGCAUACAGAUAUUCAGCUACGCAUGGUUCAAAGAUGACAAGGAAAAUUAUGAAGAAGAUGACAAGGGUCUGUCCACUUGCCAUCUUAUCAGUAUACAUGUACUGCAGAUAGGCAUUUUUACAAGGUAUGUCCAUCUCCUGAAGAGGAGUUUUAAAGCCCUGCGUUCGGAAGACACUCAAGAGGAGGAGCAGUUCCAUCUUUUCGGCCUUGCUACAGAUCUUAGCAUGCUCCGCAUGUUUGAGACGUUCCUGGAGAGCGUUCCUCAACUCGUUCUGCAGGUCUAUAUCAUACUGGAGCAUAACCAUCGCUCUAAUCUGCAAUGUGAGUCCUGCAGAUUAGAUACAGUCAUUACAUGCACAUCUGCAC